UCAUUUGACUCCUACUUUACCAUGGAACGCACAAGAGAAAGACAUUAUGUGUUUGUUCAUGAAUUGUGUCGUAUCUGUGGCAGCCUGCAUACAACUAGAAAAGAUAAGAGUUCAUAUAAAAAACCAAAACUGUGUAAAGACAUGAGCAGAGAUAUACUUUUUGUAUUUGGAAUAGACACCAAAACUGACAACCCAGACAUUCAUUCUCAGUUUUUGUGUCGGAAAUGCGCACGUAAGCUUCUGCAAGUGAAGAAAGCAGAAAGUGGACAGUCUCUGCAAAUGGCCAGAGAAAUUGAAGGAAAAGCUCGAGAAGUUUGGUGCCAAUUCAGUGAGGAGAACACUACUUCAAACUGUUCUCUUUGUGCUCAUAGACUAAGUUUAGGCAACGGGUGCAUCAAAACGAAGAAAGAAGUAAUUGAUAGAGAUGAAGACGAAUUGGAUCCGGGUGACGAAACACCGUUUAGUAAUGAAGAUGACAGCUUACGACUACAGUUUUCUGAAAUCCCAAUAGCAACAUCAACACCGUUAAAAAACCGGACAGCAGACACAGCAACCUCUCCAGUGACACCGCGGCAGGAGACACUUCUAGAUUCCUUACGAAAACCAGUCUCAGAACCUCUUUCAAAAAAAGAGGAACUGCUCCUCACACAUUUUGUAAAGAGAAAAUUAUUCCAAGACCCAAACCACAGCACAUUCUCUUGCAAAACGAAAGGACAACCCCUUGUACUACAGAAAACUUUAGUGCCUAGAAAAAAGUCUUCUGCAGCAAAGACACCAACCAAACGGAGGAGGGCUCGAUGGCUAUCAGAAGCCAGAAUGAAAAUGUCAGGAAAAUCACCAGAGGCCCUGGACAAGCAAUUUGCUUCAGAACUAAAGACAGUUCCCAUGUGCCGAAGACAGGUAAUCUACAAUAAAACAAAAGGAGCUCAGCACUUAAAAUUGACUAAACAACAAACUCUGUGCAUGUCCGAGGCACUUGGGCUCAGUUGGCGUUAGGGAAGAACCCAAAGAAAACAUCUGAAGAAGGCAGGAAUCCUCCUGGAAAGUGAGACAUCCG